AUUGACAUUUGGAUUCCAUUAUCACAUCACAUUUUAUUAUUUAUUAAUUGCGUAAUAAUUUGCACUAUUUGUGGUUAACUUGAACUGCGUCUAAUUAAAUAAUACUGAAUAAUUCAUAUAUCGAUCAAAACUUUGUCAAGUGUAAUGAAGUGCUAUUCAUGACACGAAGGUUAAAUUAGAAACCUACAUGAUAAGUGAUAAUGGCUGUAAUGUAACUGUAAACAAUAUUAAUUAAUUACUGUCUUUUUAAGAGAAAUAGUCGUCGACCAUGUAUUCGAGGUGCGGUAGUAGUGGUUCUAUCCAGAACAUGCAUCAGACGCCGUCGUCAUCCAAUCAUAAUUCAGACGAUGACGAUGACAGCGGCGACAACAAAGCUUCCGCGCUCAGUUUCAAGGAGAGAAGAAGAGAAGCCCACACUCAGGCCGAGCAGAAGAGAAGGGAUGCCAUAAAGAAGGGUUACGACUCCCUGCAGGAGCUGGUGCCCACCUGCCAGCAGACAGAUGCUUCUGGAUACAAACCCAGUAAAGCUGCAGUUCUUCAAAAAUCAAUAGACUACAUACAAUAUCUGCUGCAGCAGAGACGUCGACAGGAGGACGAGCGGAACGCGCUCCGGAAGGACGUGGUAGCACUACGCAUCAUGCAAGCCAACUAUGAGCAGAUUGUGAAGGCGCAGCACUCUGUGCCGGGGCAUAAUGAGCAACGGCUUACUGACCAGGAUAAGUUUCAAGUUUUUCAGGGUAUAAUGGACAAGCUAUACGAGUCCUUCGAGUCGGUGCCGACGAACAACUUCGCGGAGUUCUCGGCGGGCGUGUUCAACUGGCUGGAGGAGUACUGCAAGCCGCAGUCUCUGCGGACCAUGGUGCACGGUGUGCUGCGCGAGCAGAGCUACACACCAUAGAUGUAGUCAGGACGUCUUCAACUAUGCUGGGGCCCCAUCAUUUAUUUAUUAUGGGUAUUCAAAUAUACUGUUACUGUCUGUUCUUCGGGACCCCCUGAGGAUGGGGGCCCUGGGCACGGGCCCCGUCUGCCCUUAUGGUAAAGACGGUACUGGAUGUAGUGUAUAAUUGUUUUCCUGCGUAUUUUCUCGGAAACGUUCGUAUUUGUCAUACUUCUUCAAUCAACCUCAGUAUUUUUUGUACCGAGACCGACUGAAAUAGCAAGACACGUUCGUACGUUGCCGUGAAAAUAUGAAGGAAAAUAAUUAUGCGCUACAUAUGUAGCGUGUUCACUCAAGCGAGUCAAGCGUCCUGUCUCACAGACUACACAGACAAUAUAUGGAGUGUUUCUAAAGAUCGAGAACACCACAAAUUAUUCUUGCAAUUUUACUUGUAAAAUGCUACGAUUAGAGUGGCACAACUGAGUUAUAUUCCACACAAUUUUACAACUACAUACAUCAGUUCAUGUGCAACCCUAACUUCCUGACGACCCGCGUCCUACACAUAAGGAUAGGGAUGCCUCCAAAAUUUGCCUUCAUUGCCACUCAAUAGUAUAUUAUCAUCUUAUUUGUGUUGUGAAUUAUAGAAAAAUGUUAUUGACAAAUAUUUUUUUAUCUACAUACCUACUAAUACAAAAUCAAUUGUAUACCUAGAUAUUGGUUUUACAUAUUAUAAUUUUUUAGACAUAAGUAUAAUUUUCAUUAUUGUGAUAUAUUUUCUUACUUCCUUUGUUUUUUUUUUGUUAGUGAUUUUGUCAUGUGAAACUUUGUUGCACAGGCUGCAUCAAUAGUAGGUAACAUAUUAUGAAACAACGCGCAAAAAAUAUCUGCUAUCUGCGAAUUUCGACAGUUUGCGUUCAAAAGUUGAUACUUUUUGCAAGCAAUCGUAUAAUAAUUCUAUAUACUUAUUGAGUCGAUAUCUUUUUUGUUAAGCUGGUUAGAUACUUUUGACGCAUAGUCCGAUACGCUACUUUUGAUGCUGACUGUACCGAACUACGUUCGAACAAUGUGUUCUGACAUAAGUCAUACUUUUAAUAUUAAGUUGUGUUAUGCUCUGGUUUCCUAGGAUAGCGGUGCCGUCAUAUAGCGGCCGUCUCCAUAUAAAAUACUAAUCAUCCAUAUUUAUUAUUUAGCCGUAUUAUUUUGUAUGGAGACGGCUGCUAUAUGACGGUACCGCUAUCCUAGGAAAUCAGAGCUUUAGGGAAAAAUAUACAGGAAAAUAAAGGCACGCAUUUUAAAAAUAUUAAAAAAUUAACUACUUAUUUAACACAUUAUAGACUAGCGGUGCCAUAUAAUAUAUGGUACCAUAUUUAGUAUGGAAAAAUUAUAAAUCUUUAAAUGACCUAAAAUGACUUCAAGAACAAUGCACUAGAAAGUUUUACAAUUCUGAUGCCUAAAAAAACUCGGGCCAUAAUGGGUUAACGAAUUGGUUAUUACUUACCUAUAUAAAAAACAGGAAUUUUACAAUAUCGGUACCAUAUUUACUGACGACAAUAUUUAGUGCCUUAUAGUUUGCAUUAUUAUAUCGAUGUUAUAUGAAAAUACACAUUAUGUUGAUGAUA